AUGAAUCAGACUUCCAAGCUAAACUAGGACAUAUCUCCUUUCAGAAGCCGAAAUAACCUGUUGAAUCCUCACGUUUCGCUGCGAGCACUAGCCUUUCUAAGCAGUAAUCGGGGUGGUCCAAAUAUUAUUUGCUCAACUUAAAGUACUACUCCACGUAGGCAGAUCAAGCAGCUAAAUAACUUCGUUUGUACAUAGAAUUAGAUAAAGACUCAACUUAAGAAAUUUGAGACACACUAGAAUUUAAGUAAAACCAAAGAUAUUCCCUUGGUUAAUAAAGGCAUUCAAAAGCAUAUGCUUAAGAUGCAUAAUAAAACCUGCAAUGACGAGAUCUUUGAAGAAGAUCACAUAGGCAGUAGUUAAAUUUAGUCCAGAUCAUCUUCAACUUCAAUAUCAUCACAGCCUUUUGCUUCUAAUAGAAAAGAGAUAGACAUUGAUAAAGUGAAGAUUGAUACUUAGAUGUUCUAUAGAAACAAUGAAAAUAAUGAAGUGAUACUAAUGCCAAGCAAGAGAUAUCGACAAAUGGAUUACUUUCCUCAUUUUAUGAUUCUAGAUAACUAAGUCAUUCACUCAAAAAUUAGAGAUAAGAGUAAUGACGUCGACUGUGCGAAUAAGAGAAAUAAGCAAAGAAAACUGUAAAAAAAGUUUGUUAGGGAUUAAGUCUCAUUAUUGAUGUACAAAGAUACAAAGGACAUGUCAACAAUGGAGAUAGAAUAGUUUUACAAUGAAUAGUCAACAAGGAAAUUCGAAACCCAGAUCUAGUAAUCUCCUUCUUUACAGGCUUCAAGAUCUGCAAAUCUCCUUAUUCCUUGUAGUCUAAGUAAGUUCAAGAAUAACUUAACACUCUUGGAUGACUUUAGCAAUUACAGUGAUAGCAGUUCGAGUAUUGAUAGUGUCAUGCCUCGUGAUGUCUAAUUCAAAAAGCAGUAUCGUAAUUAAUUAAGAAAGCAGCAUUAGCAGCGUAAAGCCAAAGAAUAAGCAGUCUUGAGACAAAUAAAUAUGAACUAAAUAGUUAGAAGCAUGACCAUUAAUAAAAAUUAAAAGAGUGUGAAUAAGCUGCUCAAGAGUUAGAAUAGUAGAAGAGAUAGUAGUACCUAAGAUGAUUUUGGGAAAGAGAGAUGCAGCUCUUUCAUUGUUGAUUAGUUUUUCCCAAGGAAGUCUAGCUUUGUAAAAAUUCAAUAAGACAAGCUCAAACUAAACAAAGAAAAACUUUAGAUUUAACAGGCAAUUAUUCCAGACCAUUAAAAGACUCAAAGAGAAAAAUUGAGAUAAAAAUUAGAUGCUUAAAUUGUUAAGAUCACUAAUGACUAGAAAGUGAAACUUAAAAUAUUCAAGAUUGCAGCUGAUGAGGCUGAAAUAAAGAAGCUUAAAAAAGAAAAGUUGCAAGCCUUCUAAAAUAAAAUUUAAGAAAUCGCUUUGAAAUAGAAAGCAUUCCAAGGUCAAAGGAUAUUGAAUAUAGUGAUUAAUUAAAAAAAGGGUGAAAAUAAGAGUAGCAAAUCUCAAUCAGAGGCUAGCAACAAGAAUGAAAGACGAACAGUGUAGAUUAAAAUUGAUAUGAAUAAGUAUAAAGCUCCCAAUAUUGAGCAAUUCCUGCCCAAGAUUUUGUGA